AUGAGGAAUAGGGCAACAACGCCUUUGAGCAAGGCUAAAAUUCGACAAUCAUGGAGCAAAUACAACUUAUAUAACCUACAUCGAUUCCGCGCUCCCCCAACCGCCAACAGAACUUUCUUCCAGCAGAAAUGGACCGCCAAAUCCACAGCCCGAUCAUAUCACGGCGAGCAAAUACGCGAGUCUCAGUGGACCCGAAUGUUCUCCCGCCGACUUGCCAGUGUUGUCCCCAUGAACCCGCAACAACUUGCCAGAGAUGAUGGAUCCAUUAUAUCUGCCGGUCGAGGUUCUGGGUUGGAGAGUGAAGGUAAAACACUCACACCCAAACGCACGCCGUAUACAAAUAUGACCUUUGCGCCGUUGGAGCGACGAUUGGAUGUUGCUAUAUUCAGAGCUAUGUUUGCCAGUAGUACGAGACAGGCGAGGCAGUUUGUGGUGCACGGUGCUGUUACUGUUAAUGGGAAGAAGAUGCAAUUCCCUGGUUAUCUACUGAACCCCGGCGAUCUCUUCCAAGUCGAGCCUGAACGGGUCAUGUUCGCUACAGGUGCGCCAAAGAAUAAAUUCGAACGUCGAGAGACCCGUCUAGCGAAAAGAGCAGCAUCAAAAACCGACGAGGCCGAAAACUCCGAGGAAUCAACCACAGAAACAAAGGCAGAAGAGGAAGUGUCUAAAGAAGUGCAGGAUCCCAAGGAGACGUUACAACGUCUUCUUGCUCAAGCCAAGACCAUUAUGUCUCGCGAAAAGGACGUCCUUCCUGCAAAGAAGAAACAGGAGCUUCGUGGAUUCCAGAAAGUUGUUCGCAGUGUUCUUUCCAAAUCCGCCACCAGCACGAUUCUCGCCGAUAGCCUCGAGUCGCAAUUUUCUGAGCUUCUCGGUCUCUUGAAAGCAAAGAAAGCCGAGUCUGGUCCUUCCCGCCGUAAUAAGAAAGAUGCCGCAACAAAGACCGACGAUGUCGUCGCCGAAGACUCCACCAGUGGCCUUAGUGAGGAACUGAAAGAAGCAUUCAGACAGGCCGCUGAAAACCCCAACUCUGUCGAUGCCUCCGAACUCACCGAAGAUGAAUUCGAAAUUCUCAAACAGGCCAUCGCUCAAAUGCGCGACAAUCCCGUCGACGCCAGCAAGCCGUAUGCAACGCCCUGGCGGCCUCGCGAUUUUAUGAAUGCUUUUGCAUUUAUUCCGCGGUACUUGGAGGUCAACCAUAAGAUCUGCGCUGCUGUUUAUUUACGACACCCCGUUGCGCGACCGGGUUACUCGGAGGUGCCCAGUCCGUUUGGCGAGAGUAUUCAGACGCCUGCUUUUGCCUGGUACCUUCGCAGGCGGUAG